GGAGUGGCCCAUAUUUUUGCAUUUGCUCACACCGUCUCAAUUCAUCAUUAUUUUUAGUCGCUUCUCCUUUGUCUCCUCCAUUGUUCAUCAUCUCCUCUCUUCAGACAAAUAGCUUGAAAUUGAUCAUCUUCAGAAACUUUUAGCAAUUUAUAUUCACUAAGGACGAUAACAGAGAAUGGUCAAAAGAUAUGGAGCGUUUUGAAGCAGGAAUUAUACCAUGUUGCAGUGCCUAGAGGGGAUCAAGCAUUUAGGUGCCUCUCUGUCUAAAUGUUGUGAUCUGGACAGACAAUCAACAGCCUUUGAAGAUCCAGAGAUCCUUGCACGGGAGACAGUUUUUAGCGUCAGUGAGAUUGAAGCUCUCUAUGAGCUUUUUAAGAAGAUUAGCAGUGCAGUGGUUGAUGAUGGGCUGAUCAACAAGGAAGAAUUUCAAUUGGCGCUAUUCAAGACGAACAAAAAGGAAAGUCUGUUUGCAGAUAGGGUAUUUGACUUAUUUGACACAAAGCACAAUGGAAUCUUGGGUUUUGAGGAGUUUGCUCGUGCCCUCUCUGUUUUCCAUCCAAAUGCUCCGAUCGAUGAUAAGAUUGAGUUUUCUUUUCAGCUAUACGAUCUCAAGCAACAAGGCUUCAUUGAGAGGCAAGAGGUGAAGCAAAUGGUGGUUGCUACCCUUGCUGAAUCUGGUAUGAAUCUGUCAGACGAUGUUAUUGAGAGCAUAAUCGAUAAGACUUUUGAAGAAGCUGAUACUAAACAUGAUGGAAAGAUUGACAAGGAGGAAUGGAGAAAUUUGGUCUUGCAACAUCCUUCACUUUUGAAGAACAUGACCCUUCAGUAUCUCAAGGACAUUACGACUACAUUCCCAAGCUUUGUCUUUCAUUCGAGAGUUGAGGAUACCUGAUUUGGCAUAUACAAGCUGGAGUUGUUUAGGGAACUACCUUUACCAUCUUUCUUUCCUGUUAUGUUUUUGGAAAAACUAGUCAGUUUAUGGAUGUGGAUGUCUGGAUAACUGUUUGUUGCUGCCCUGUUUCAAAAUUUGAAUAUUUACUUGAUUUGUUAUUCAUUUCGAGUGUAGUGGUUCUGUAUUUUGUUGCGCUA